AAUGAACAACGGAGCCCCUGUUGGUGGCUGUCGUAAAUACAGCAUACAAAUCUGUCGCAUCUGUCAAAUUCAAAUUUGCCUACUGUAUGUGUUUGAUGUGCUGAAGCGGCACAAAAAAUGACACACAAAAAAGCGACACAGCAACACAUUGUAUUUUGUGAGUGUGGUUGAACAAACAAACCGUCUCGAGUGAGUGUCGACGACAUUUUUUUUUAUUACGCAUCAUAUUUUGUGAAGAAGUACCGCAAAGCGAGUAUGUAAAUACAGAAAGACACGAAAAUUGUAUGACAUUUUUGCGAUAUCAAUUUCAAAUAUUUGCCAAAAGGACUUUAUUUACCGUGAGAAUUGACGAAAAUUGUUGUAAUUGAUACUCCAACACCUUGACCCAGAAUGGCCGAUGAUGGACGACGCUUUAGCUUGCGAUUGAAGAGCAGAGCAUCGAUUGGGCCAUUGAUUGAACAGCUACCAAAGAAGCCACGAUUGUCUUCGCAGAACAAAGCCAAUUUGGACGUUCGUUCACAGCCGGUGUCGCCCGACAAAAAUGAUUCACAACCAAACGAAGAAGUGCUGCCGCAGCUGAGCGAUGCAUGUUUGUUGAAAGUGUUCGAGCACUUGGACCUCAAGACUCUAUGUUCGAUGGCUGAUAUGUCGAAGCAUUUCAGAGAGCUCUCGGCGGAAGUAUUUGCGGACAAUUUCGACGAGUUGUAUUUCCUUACGUUGGACCGUUGGUUGUUUCGUCGUGUGAUGCGCAAAUUCGGUCAAUACGUUUCAUCGAUAAGCUUCACCCAAACCACACUCGGACCCGGUGACAUCAGCAUCUUCAAAUACUGCACCAAAUUGGAACGAUUAUCAUUGACAGCGAUGCAGAUUGAUAGCAAUGAAUUCGAGCCGGUGUUUGCUCGAUUGAAAUACUUGUGUUUGGAUAGUUGCGAUUUCAAUGGCGAUCCGACCCAACUGUUUGCUGCAUGCACCGAACUCGAGCAAUUUGUUGUCAAUGCAAAAAAUUUCUACGACAUUCCAAAAUGCUUAUUCCCCGAACUAAACUCGCUCCGGUUUGAAUGCGAAAGCGAAUGGAAAUGGAAUCAUUUGUGGCAACUGCUCCGGCUCAAUCCACAGAUCAAACGUUUGUACAUUGUAGCAUUGCCCGAUGACAAAGUCAUUGCGAAAGUCGUUCAAAAUGCACCGCAGCUAGAGGUAUUGUUCAUCGAACCCGGUUUACUGUCCAAAUGUCCAAGAGAACAGAGUUGUAAUGGUUUGCUUCAGCUGGCCGAACUGACAUCAUUGAAGCAACUAUCGUUGCAUACUGGCGAUGGAAACUACAACCGUUACGCUGGCUUACUUGCAAAAACACUGUCAACCAAGGAAAUCAAAUUGGAGUUUUUGUGUUUCGAGUCAUUCGCAAUUGAUCGUCAAGAUUUUUGCCACAUUUUAAAGCUCAACACAUUGGAAAAAUUGGUUUUGAUCUCGAUCGGCGAAUUGAAUAACUUUGAUUUGAUAGCGAUUGGCAAUAAGCUGCCUUUAUUGGAACAACUUCGCAUUGAUAUUGAUUUCAGCGACCAAAUAUUCAUCGACAUCAUUGGCUUGAUGAUCCUGAUUGAAACCGCCGAAAAUCUUACAUACCUGGGAUUGAAUGGCAUUCGCAACAUGAACAUCAACCAGAAUACAUUCGAAGAUUUGGUGGCAUUGACGAAAAAACGGAGUGAUGUCCCAUUGAAAAUCGCAAUCAUUGGCUGCAACACAACCACCGAAUUCAAUGUACCGCAGGACAUUCAAUUGAAACAUCGAUCGGUAUUGCAAAUUGACUACCAAUCGGACGAGGAUGGAGAGUGCUCAUGUGAACACUGCACGGAACUCAUGUUAUUUUGAAAAGAAGAAAAAAUCAAACAUUUCACAAUUUUGGGACGAUUUUCCGUUUCAGAUUUCGAAAAUGUUCAAGGAUUUUUUUUUUGUGCCCAAAAAUAAGUAAGAGAAGUGAUUGAAAUGACAACAUGUUCAAAAGAAAUUAAUUUAGGGGUUGGAUUAGAGUUUAAUUUAGCUUUAAUUGCGAAAAAAUAUUUAUUGGAAAAAAUCACGAGAAUUGAAUCAAAGAAUUAACACAAGCCUAAACGGCACAUUUAUAGCUACAAAUCGAUUUUGUAGAAUUGUUCAUUUUUUUAAAUACAUUCUCAAAUAAGA